AUGCAAUUUUUACAAAUAUUUAUUGUAACAGUUGUGUGCAAAUAGAUUUCUAAUAAGAAAUAAUAGUUCUUAGAUGAUUAUGACAAUGAUGAUGCAGGAAGUAUAACUUCAAUAGUAUUUCAUUCAAUUAUUGGCUCAAUUUUUUUAAUUUUUUCAGCAGCUUUAAUAUGGUACAAUGAAAGAAGAGAAGCAAUAACGUCAUAUAGAUUAGUGAAUAUGAGAUAAAUAUGUAAAAUUGGAGAUUGUCAUGAGAUCAAUUAAGAAUUGAAUGGUGAACUAGUUCAUAUGCAAGGUAAUAAAUUGAAUAUUUGGUUAGGAUAAACAACUACAGAUAUAAUUCUUGAAGAUACUGAAUUUGGAAUAUCUUUACCUUUUUGUAUUAAAUUAAAUCGUCAUGUUGAAUAAUUACAAUUUGUAAGAAUUGAACAUAAACAUAAAUUCUCAUCAACUACAUUUACAUAUGAAUAAAGAUGGUAAAGAGAAUAAGUUUGCAGUGCUGGUUUUCCUUCUGAAUAUUAGAAUAAACCAGAAUUGUGGUUAGUCAAAAAUAAUGGGCAAAUAAAUCCAGAUGUAAGACUAGGGGUAUUUACUCUAUCUGAACCAUUAAAAUAAAAUUGCCUUAAUUUUUAAUAUUUUCUUCCUGGAGAUGUUUAGAUCAAGGCUGCAUAAGAAUUAUUUGGAAAAGAAUUUCCUUAUAUGUAUUUAUUUUGAAUUAUUAAGAACAAUUAAGAAUUGUGAUAUCUAAUUAUCAUAAAUUGAGAAUUAAAAAACAAUAGGCGAUCUUAGAGUUUCUUUUUCAUAUGUUAAAUGUGGUAACACAACAAUAAUUUCAAAAUAAAUGAAUAAUACAUUUAUACCUUAUAUGAUAGAAGAUAAAUGGUAAUCUGAAAAUAGUAUUCAUUCAGAUGAAAUGGAUUAAGAUUCUGAUCAUAAUUGUUGUUAUCAAAUUGCUCAAAUAGCAAAAGCAAAUGAAGAACCUUUAAAAUAAAUUCAUUGGAUAAAUGAAAAUAUUUAGUCCUUCAAUGAUAUAUUUAAAGAACAAUUAAUAAGAAAUUCUGAUUUAACUUAUAAAACUAGAUUAAAAGCAUUCUCAUUAAUGGUAUUUAAAUGUUAUCAUUAGGUGUUUGGUGUAGCAAUUUUUUUAUAAGGAACAUUUGAUUUUGGAUUGCCUUCAGAUAUUUAAUUUUUUUUCUUUAUAGGUCUUGGCAUGAUCUUUUCUAUUCCAAUUUCCUUGAUCAUAGCUUUGAUGGCUUGGAUGAGAUAUCAUUUAUUCUACACCUUAACUAAUUUUAUUGGAUUAGCUAUUGUAUUUUCUAUAGUUACAAUAAUUACAGGAGGGAUAUAUUAUUGA